UACGCCCUUAGGUAGUUUAAACGCGGCAGUCAUACAAGUUGCACGACGGUCCCUCGUUUUCUUAACCUGCGAUGUUUUGUUCCCCUUCAAACAAAAAAAAAUAACUCUUAUGGAUACGGUGAUCAAGUUGUUGUGAAUACAAGCCAAUAAGAAAGAUUUUUUUUUUUUUUUUUUAAAGUUCAGAAGUGAGUUUUAAACUAUUUCGGUUGUUUAUAAAAGUUUUUUUUAUUUUACGGUUUGUGUCACGAAGUGAUGUGAUGUGUCGGAUGAUGGACGAGAAAACUUUAUCCCAGUUUACGGUAUGGACAGUUCUGAAAUUCGGACAGAUUAGAUACAGGAAUCGAAGAUCACUUGUAGAAAUACAAGAGUAUUUAGAGUAAAAGUGAAAUAGAGAAAAAGCGCGAUGCGCUCAGUGUGGUGUUAUAAACUGACUUUGUUCAAAUUUCUCCUGAUUGUUAUAUCAACAUCUCCGUCUGCUACACAGAAUACUGUUAUUUCAGGCAGUCCAUUGUCUUCUGUCACUGGGACGGUCACAAGGGUGUCAUCGGUAGUGGGGGGAGAGGCAAGCCUACCAUGCGAUUCGCGCCCUCCUCAACGUAAUGAUAGCCUGCUCCUUGUGGUGUGGUAUAGGGACGACAACCCUGUAUACAGCUAUGACACGAGAGUCUCAGGGUCAACGGGUCACUGGUCAGAUGACACAUUUGGAGAUCGAGCAAGAUGGGUCGGCUUCCCAAGCUCCGGUCUUCAUGUCCGGGAUGUCCGGUCUCACGAUAGAUCCAUAUACAGAUGUCGGGUCGACUUCCAAGUGUCACCGACAAGAAAUUAUAGAAUUGCUCUCGAUGUUAUCGAGCUACCCUCGAAACCGGUGAUCUUUGACGAGUUCGGCAAAGAAAUAACCGGAACUGCCGGCCCUUUCAACGAAGGGGGCGACUUUAAGCUUAUUUGCUCCGUGAAUGGGGGCAAUCCUACGCCAAGAGUACAAUGGUUGCAUGGCGAAACUGUACUCUCUUCACUGAGCGCGGUAGAGAUGCCAGUGGGUAACACCAGGUCAUUGACCCUCUUGGUCACAAACGCAACUCGUGCACACUUGUCGUCUGUAUACACAUGUACAGCGGAUAAUACACUGCUAUCUCCGCCACAAAGGGCCUCCGUUCGUGUAGAUCUGUAUUUGCGGCCACUGUCAGUCGAAAUCUUAUCGAGGGAGCAACCAUUAUCAGUGGGCAGACAAGCCGAGCUUUGGUGCAAGUCAACAGGUGCAAGACCUCCAGCAGUUGUCACUUGGUGGCUAGGUGGCAAAAAACUUGAAUCUAUAACUAAACAACAGGAUUUAGAAGAAAAGAACGAGACUCAGUCUCUGUUGAAAUGGACACCUUCAAAGGAACAAAACGGAAAAAUACUCACGUGUAGAGCAGAACAUUCCAAGUUCAAUAGUUCAACGAUUGAGAGUAAAUUGCUACUUAACAUUUAUUAUGUGCCGGUUGCUACAAUGCACCUUGGCGCGAAAAUGAACCCGAACGAUAUUGAAGAAGGAGACGAUGUGUACUUCGGAUGCGAAGUUGAUGCCAAUCCCCCUGCUUAUAAAGUUGUGUGGGAACAUAACGGUAUUUUGCUUCAACACAAUCCUGCUAACGGAGUCAUCCUAACUGGUAACACGAACCUUGCAAUACGUAAUGUGUCACGACACCAGGCCGGUAACUAUACCUGCACUGCGUCGAACGUCGAAGGAGACGGAAAGUCACUUCCCGUGCGAAUGCAAGUCGUUUAUAGACCCAUAUGUCGAUCGAAAGAUAUGAAAAUAAUAGGUGCAGCCUUACAAGAACCAUCGAAGGUAGAAUGCGAGGUGGAUGCUUUCCCUCCCCCAGACACGUUUGAGUGGACACUUAAUAAUUCUGCCGGCUCAAUAAAGGUUGACCCUGAACGCUUCAACGUCAAUGGUCAAGCCGGAAAAUCGGUAUUAACGUAUGUCCCCGUAUCCGACACGGAUUACGGAAAGUUGUCGUGUCGUGCAACAAACCUAGCAGGGCAACAAAUGUUGCCAUGCGUGUACACUAUACUGCCUGCAACUAGACCUGACCCACCGUCCAACUGCUCAGUAUAUAAUCUAACCGAUGAUUCGCUGGAUUUAACUUGCCUUGCGGGCUACGAAGGUGGCCUUCAAUGUAUCUACGUAGCAGAAGUCUGGGCUAAUGAAGGUCUAGUAACAAAUUCAACAAAUGGUGCUACUGUUUGGAAUCUUAGAAGACUUGGCGCUAAAAGACAAUUAAACAUUGUGGUAUAUGCCGCAAAUAUAAGAGGGAGGUCUGAACAUGUCACAUUAACAGUAGAAACUGCCCCGCAAUUAUCUCCUAGAACAGAAGCGCAAGAGGCAUGGGAAGUCAACUGGGCUGUCGGUGGUGUGCUUGGCGCUGCACUCACUGUAGCAUUCAUACUAUGUCUUGCACUUAUCGCUUCAAGAUUACGACACAGUGCCAGAGAUUAUGGAGUGACAGUACAAUCAACGAAGAAUCCUAAGGUGACUCUGCAGAAGAGGUGCUCGCCGGACGAUCGUAAUCCGGAUCUCAUUCCGCUCAGUAAAAGUGUCACAGAUGGCCCUCCUGAACCACCGCAAUAUUCAGCCGUCGUACCUAAAACGGAAACGAAAAAUUCUACCAGCUCUCACAGCUUGGCACACACCCAAUCCCCAAGCUCGCCAACUAAUACUCAACAUGAUUUAUCGAACGAACGGCCAGUUAACGGUAACGCGAGGUCACACCGAGAGGUUGUGACCACUCGUACCCCAUUGCUGGCAGCGCAUCAAGAAAGCUGUGUGUAGAAUAAAAUUUUUGUUAAUAACUAUUA